AUGCCUGAGCUUGCAGAAGUUGCACGGAUAGUGAACUAUAUCAAAAAGCAUCUGGUAGGACACACAAUUGCCAAAGUUGUAGCCAACCAUGACGACCUCCUGUUCGGCAAGGUUGGCACCAGUGCCGACGAGUUCAAGAAACAUAUGCAUGGGAAAACCGUCAUAGGAGCUGGGCAGCAGGGCAAAUAUUUCUGGAUGAUCAUGUCUUCGCCUCCGCACCCUGUCAUGCAUUUUGGAAUGACGGGCUGGCUGAAGAUAAGGAGUGAAAACACUUACUACCGCAGCAACGGUAAAGAUGAGAACGUUGAGGCAGACGUUUGGCCUCCAAAGUUUUGGAAGUUCUUGCUUGAGACGGAUAAUGAGCCUAAGACUGAGGCUGCGUUUGUGGAUGCGAGGAGAUUGGGCCGUGUUAGGCUCGUAGAUUGCCCCGGGGAUGAUAUACGAAAGUAUACACCUCUAAAGGAGAAUGGACCUGAUCCGGUCAUCGACAAGGCCAUCUUGACGGAAGACUGGUUGAAGGCUCUCGUGCGGCGGAAGAAGGUCCCUAUAAAGGCUCUGUUGUUGGAUCAGGCCAAUAUCAGCGGACUGGGGAAUUGGAUGGGGUAUGUCUUACAUCUUUUAAUAUAUUUUCCAACUACAAAAGAGGCUAACGCUGGAAGCAGAGAUGAGAUCUUAUAUCAUGCCCGGAUUCAUCCUGAGCAAUACAGUGAUACACUCCGGGACAAUCAGAUCAAGGAGUUACACUCAUCUAUCAACUACGUGUGUUCUGUAUCUGUUGAUCUCAAAGGAGAGUCUUCCGACUUCCCUACGGACUGGCUAUUCCAUCAUCGAUGGAAUAAGGGAAAGAAAGGCGCAGCGGGCAAACUUCCCAGCGGUGAGCCCAUUGUCUUCGUCACCGUUGGUGGCCGAACAAGUGCUGUUGUCCCAUCGGUGCAGAAGAAGGGCGGCGAAGAUGACGAGGAAGAAACAGAUACCAAGCCUAAGAAGGCUGCAGGCAAGGCAAAGGCGACUCCAAAAGUGAAAGCCGAGGAGAAAGAUGGCGCCGAUGCAUCCACACCAGCAACUCCGAGCAAGAAGCGUAAGCAACCUGCGGCAAAAGCUGUCAAGGAAGAAGAUAGUGCGGCAACUACGCCGGCAUUGAAGAAAUCCAGGGCUACCAAAGCCAAAACCGAACCUGAGGCGCCAAAGGUACCGUUAAGAAGGGGUCGAUCCGCAACGAAGAACUAA